CAGCCAGAAGGCUCCGUUGCAGCCGACUCCUGUUCACCGGCCCCAGCAGGACCCUCCUCUGUCUCACCAUGGCAAAGGCAGCCGGGCUUGUCUGUGCGUUUCUCCUGCUGGCUUCGUUCUGCUGCCAGGGCCUGGCUCAGAGAGGCUCUGCUGUGCCGGACAAAUGCUGCUUCAAAUUCCAGACAACGAAGCUCAAGAGAGACAACACAGUCAGCUGUUACAACACCAGCCCAGCGUGCCCGCAGCCAGGCGUGAUAUUCAAAAUGAAAGAAGGCCAGGAGAUCUGUGCCAAGCCUGACAAGUCCUGGGUGAAAGAAUACCAGCAAUUUCUCAGCCCUAAUAAAGCCUGAGGGCCACUGGGAGACGAGCCAGGAGUUCCCGGCCACAGGCGCAACUUGCUUGCUGUGCACAUGUCUCGUGGCACAAGGGAAUCCAUGUUAAGCUUCAUCUAGCAAGCACGUUCCUGUCUCGCAUCUGCAAUUAUAUAAUCACCUGUGCUGAAUGCUGGUUAAUAGCUGUGGUUAUUCUGACAUGGUCCCUUGAGAGAACGGAAGGACAGGGGCCCUGAAAUGGGGAGGGGGCUGUUGUCCCAGCUGUCAGUCCCAUGAUGGAAUUCAUCUAGUAGCAACCUCUAGGAGCAAAAUAUUCUUCACUCAAGGGGUUUCCACCGCCUCUCUUUACCCCUCCGCGGAGCGACCUUCCUGAGGUUUCAGCUACAAAGCCCCCUCUGCUGAGAUGUCCCCGC